CCGAACACAGCUCUCCCAUAUCUAGUCAAGCUAAUUCGAUGGCCAUAGGGGAUCCUGGUCAAUUCCGCCCAUGCUCACAAUCGUGCGCCAAUGCCUCGGCUCUCCAGUGCCUUCAUUGCAAAGACAUACCGGCAGCAUCCUUUCCUUCCUCUCCUGCUGCGUGAAUGCCGCACAAUUGAAUCUGCACGUAAUGAACUUCGCUGGCUGACAGAACGAGCCACUGUUCUAUCAGCAAAGAAAAAGGCAACGCAUGGGCUUACUAUUCCGAGGUGGAAGAAACUAUUAUGGUCAAUGUGUCGCGCUCGGUCAAGAGGUGUACCUCUGCAGUACAUUCUUGGUGAUCAACCUUUUGGAGACCUAGAGAUUCUGUGCCGAAGAGGAGUGUUGAUUCCGAGGGUAGAAACAGAGACAUUCACCAUGCGUACGGCUAAGUUAAUAUUGGAGAAAACGCGCUCAAAUCAGCAUACCGGGGAAAGCGCGAAGAAGGAUCAUAUACGCAUCAUGGAUCUUUGUACAGGAUCUGGAUGUAUAUCAUUGCUUCUUCACGCUCUUCUUUCUCGCUAUUUACAGCAGGUCUCCAUUGUUGGUAUUGAUGUCAGUCCAAUUGCCAUUGGCCUGGCCAACAGCAACCUUCUGCACAAUCUCCGAUUAGGGUCCAUAUCCGAACGAGCAGGACAAGACGUGUACUUCCGAGAAGGGAAUGUGCUUUUUCCAGGUAACGGGAGAACCCCUAGUGUCGAGGACGCACUCCGUGGGAUAUCUGCAUUUUCUUGUCAAGGGAAACUGCGCUGCGACGUUGUUGUUGCAAACCCGCCAUACAUAGCGCCUGUGUCUUUCUGGGAUGGUACUACGGCGCGCAGCGUGCGAAUGUUCGAGCCUAGCCUUGCAUUGGUUCCCCCAGCAAUGUCUCGAGCUUCGACAAUUGACACAAUUCGACAGGAGGACAUUUUCUUUCACUAUAUUAUCGGGUUGGCACUUGGUGUUCAAGCAAAGCUCACGGUUCUUGAAUGUGGGAGCCUCGUCCAGGCUCAACGGGUGGCGGUGAUGUGCAAAGACAUGGCGAGUGGUUCUCAACGUGACCAGGUCAUUUCGGUUGACAUGUGGUCAAGCGAGGGCUCUUUCAUUGAGGGGGGCGGACCAUAUGCGGUCGUUAUGCUACUAGGAAUCGGCGAUUGGUGCCCAAAUAAUGACUAAGUAGUAUUAUAUUUAGUUUUGCAUUGUAUAGCUAUAAUAAAUCUUGCAUGGUGACUCCUGAC